CAGGGUUCCAGCCUCUCCGCCUUCCUAUUGGGCAGAGAUUUUUCGGCUCUCUCUUGACAGGCGCUCGCAGCCCGUCCAGGGCGAGGGGGAAAAGAGGGGAAAACGCUCCCCAGAAGUUUGGAUCAAUCAGAGGGACGCCCGAAAAAAGAUGAAGCGCAGCCCGCGAGCGCGACUCUGAGCGGCGCCGGUGACCCGGGCGGGCUGCGCGGCGGACCCUCCAUGUAGCCGCCGCGCCUGGGCGCUCACGUCGGGGCCGCAGCUCCGCUCUGCCUCCGCGUCUCCUCUGCCUGGGCCGGGCCCUCCUGUGCCAACCUGCCCUUGGCCAGCCCGGGACACCCGUCGGGCGGCUAAGAUGAGCGAGAGGAGGCGCUCGGCAGUGGCCCUCAGCUCGCGAGCGCACGCCUUCUCCGUGGAGGCCCUCAUCGGCUCCAACAAGAAGAGGAAGCUCCGAGACUGGGACGACAAAGGCCUGGAUUUGACCAUGGAGAGCCUCAGCCCUGACGGGCAGCUGCCUGACGCCGACGACCCCGCCCAGUGCCUGGACCUCCACGCCGAUUCAGAGCAGAGCACGGGGUCAGACACAGAAGUGUUAGCUGAGAGGACAUCCUGCUCCUUUGGUUCCCACUCUGACCUCACAUCCAGCAGUUCCAUCUCUCAGCCGCCUCCUACCUCAUCCAUGGAGGAGAUCCAGGUGGAGUUGCAGUGUGCUGAUCUCUGGAAAAGGUUCCAUGAUAUAGGCACAGAAAUGAUCAUCACUAAAGCAGGCAGGAGAAUGUUUCCUGCAAUGAGAGUGAAGAUUACCGGGUUGGACCCUCACCAGCAGUAUUACAUAGCCAUGGACAUUGUGCCUGUGGAUAACAAGAGAUACAGGUAUGUUUAUCACAGCUCCAAGUGGAUGGUAGCAGGCAAUGCGGACUCUCCUGUGCCUCCAAGAGUUUACAUCCACCCUGACUCAUUGGCAUCUGGAGACACUUGGAUGAGGCAGGUCGUCAGUUUUGAUAAACUAAAACUGACCAACAACGAGCUAGAUGACCAAGGCCAUAUAAUCCUGCACUCAAUGCACAAGUAUCAACCACGUGUCCAUGUUAUCCGCAAGGACUUCAGCAGUGACCUCUCUCCCACAAAGCCAGUCCCCACGGGUGAUGGGGUGAAAACGUUCAACUUCCCUGAGACAGUCUUCACCACUGUCACAGCUUAUCAAAACCAGCAGAUCACCAGAUUAAAAAUUGACCGGAAUCCAUUUGCAAAAGGAUUCAGGGAUUCUGGAAGAAACAGAACUGGCCUGGAGGCCAUUAUGGAAACAUAUGCAUUCUGGAGGCCCCCCGUGCGCACUCUCACCUUUGAAGAUUUUACCACCAUGCAAAAACAGCAAGGGGGCAGCACAGGAACUUCUCCAACAACUUCCAGCACUGGGACCCCCUCACCCUCUGCGUCUUCUCACCUACUAUCUCCAUCAUGUUCACCUCCAGCCUUUCACUUGGCCCCCAACACUUUCAAUGUCGGUUGCCGGGAGAGCCAGCUCUGUAACCUUAACAUCUCUGAUUAUCCUCCAUGCGCAAGAAGCAACAUGGCUGCCCUGCAGAGCUAUCCAGGGCUCAGCGACAGUGGAUACAACCGACUCCAGAGUGGUACUGCUUCUGCUGCUCAGCCCUCUGAAAACUUCAUGCCUCAGCGGACUCCAUCCUUGAUCUCAGGAAUGCCUGCUCCUUCUUCACUGCCUAGCAAUGGCAAGAUGGAGGCCUACGGUGGCCAGCUGGGGUCAUUCCCAACCUCUCAGUUCCAAUAUGUCAUGCAAGCUGGCAACCCUGCCUCCACCUCUUCUUCUUCACAUAUGUUUAGCAGCGGCCACAUGCAACAGGGCUCCUACAAUGCCUUUUCCCUUCACAACCCUUACAACUUGUAUGGAUACAAUUUCCCAGCUUCGCCAAGGCUGGCAGGAAGCCCUGAGAAAUUGGCCACCACCCAAAGCACUUUACUCUGCUCUUCACCUUCCAAUGGAGCUUUUGGAGAGAGGCAGUAUCUUUCAACAGGGAUGGAUCAUGGGAUGCAUGUGAUCAGUCCUCCCAGCAACAGCCAGCCAUCGGCCAAUGCCUGUGAUAAUAGACAGUAUGGGGCUGUGCCAGGGUCCUCUUCCCAAAUGUCUGUGCACAUGGUUUAAUUUGGGGCUUGCAGUCAACAUCCUGGAGUCAACAGUGACUGACAGUCUCAGUGCUUCUAUUGGCAUCUCAUCCCUGUUGCUUUUCAACUUAAAAUAGGACAUUUAUUUGAACAAUAAAUGGAAACACAAGCCAUCUAUAGCUAUAAUCCAAAGAACGUGACAGAGAGCUGCAGAUGUGGCAGCUGUUGCCACUCACUGGAAUCCAAAGCCUUGAGGAACUGAGUGGCUUCUGCUCUCAAUUGAUUUUUUUUAAAAAUGGAGACAAUGGCAUUGUUUGCAGUAAACGUGGGGGCAAGGAAACCCCAAAACAGUAUAUGCAAUAACUUUCAGAGCUUGGUGUGAACUGUUCACAGUAGAGGAAGUCCACUGUAUGAGCUGUUUCUUUCAUGGUUCCCAGAUGCCAACAGCCCCUGAAGACCUCAUCUUGUAAAGCUGCACUGCCUGUUAAGAGGCCAUUGUUGUUAACAGCUUCCUCUUUCCCCAUCUUGCUAUCUACCAUUAUUAAUUCCUAUCCUGUGGUCUUCUCUCUCACACCCACUAUAGCAACCUAACAUUGUAUGUUAAUAAAAAUUUCUGUUCCUUGAGGGAUUUUUGCUCUGCACCCCCUUUGAGUCUUGUUGUAAUGCUCUUCCCAGAGAGUAGUACAAAAACACCUCUGAUUGAGUGGGAGCGGGGCAGCAGGGAUGAACUAAUCCUGAACAUGAAAAGGGUAUCUUUAACAUUGCAGGUGAAAAUGCUCCUUCAACAUGCUUGGCAGGGGAGCAAUAGCAAGAGAGAGGGCAUGCCCUUCCAUUUUGCCUAUGGGCAACUGGUGGGCUGCUGUGUGAAACAGGAUGCUGGACUACAUAGGCCGUGGGCCUGAUCCAGCUGGGCUGUUCUUAUGUUCUUAUGAGAGGCAGGAUAUCUGCCACACAGGAUUCUAUUCUGAAAAUGCUGCAUAAGGGGAAAGGGUGUUUUAUUGCAUAAUCGGUGCCUUUAAGAUAUUGAUAGCCUAAGUAACAUUAGCAAAGAAACGGCAAGCCAUAUUCAGAUCAUAUACAGCCCACACAAGUCAACGUAUAGCAUGGAAUGGAAGUCUCUGGACUGAGCUGAUGUCGGAUUCUGCCAGACAUGCUCUGUGAGAGUACAAAGCCUUACACAUAACUGAGUUAAAAUGCUAGCCUUUAAAAUCAGCAGCAAGCAUUCUUUACUCUCCAGCCUGCUGAUCUGGCCUUAUCGUGCAUUUUAAAAGUGCCCCUUCCUUCUGAUUUUAUUUUUCCUUCAACUCUUUCAAAAGUAAGCAAAAACAAAUGAAGCUUAAUAAAAGCUAAGCAGUUAAAAGCUGUGUGAAAAUGCAAAUACCAAGUAACAGAAUACAGAAACUACAGUAUAGAGAUUUGUUUUGAGGUGUUGUAGAUAAAUGUAUUUAUGUCUCUAGUGUGUGGGCGGGAGGGGAAUUCAAUAUUAUGAAUAUUAAAGAAGGCAAUAAAUGGGUUUGUAAGAUAUAUAUUAAGAAAGAAAAAUGUAUAAAGAUUUGCCCUAUGCAGGGAACUUUGUUUCUAGGUGCCAAGCACAGAACUAAUGCAAAAUAAACAUUUGUUCCUUU